ACACUUAAUAGUAUUACAAAUAUAUUUGCAGCUGAUGACAAAGCUCCUGCUCGGAUGUGGCGGUUGAUGGUGCCCGGGCACCUGCCCUACAGGAAUAUAUAUUUACUCCCACAGUUGCACAAAACUAUUACAAAUCGCGGAUAAACAAAUUACUACCGACAAUCAUGAGCAGCAACACUUUUUGGAACGAAGGCCCUAACCCUGACUGGGUGCCUGGCCAAGGAGCCACCGACGAUGAGUGGAAGAACCACAAAAAGAUUGCCAUCGACCCGUUUGAGUCUGGCAGAACUCGGUUACACAAUUACCGUCUUCUUCUGUCAGCCAUCACCCCUAGACCAAUUGGCUUUAUUAGUACGAUCACACCUGAAGGGGUCCCCAAUUUGGCCCCUUUUUCCUACUUCAACGUCAUCUGUGCCGACCCUCCGUUAUUCUCGGUUUCGUUCUCGGGUGAUAGAAACAAAGACUCAUUGAACGGGAUUCUUCACAGUGGAGAGUUGACUAUUAAUGUGAUCUCGGAGUGGUUUGUUGAUGCUGCCAAUGCUACCGCUGUUGCCGCCCCACCUGAUGCUGAUGAAUGGGUGCUCUCGGGUCUUACGCCUUCUCCAUCCGAAAAAGUGAAACCAGCUCAUGUGGCUGAAUCUGGUUUUUCGGUCGAAGCUAAGCUUGUUGAUAGUAAGACCUACUACUCUCGCGACAAGCCGGGGGUGGUUUCAGGAGUGGUGGUAACUGUGGAGGCUGUAAAUUUCCAUGUUAGAGAAGACCUUCUUGAAGACGAGGAAAAGAUGUUUGUCGACACUGGUAAAUUGAAGCCUAUAGGAAGACUUGGAAAGAAUAGUUAUACCUCUGUGAACAACGGGUAUAAUCUCAAAGUGUACAACUAUGAGAAGGAUUUCCCUGAUGUUUAGUGUGGACUCAUGUAGUUGGAAUCCAGAUUUAUUUAUUUAGAAUUAUUUAAUUGGAACCCUAGAGUUUUAAUAUGUACAAGAUAUAUCUAGCUAGCUUCGGUGAAAUUUGCAUUUUUCGCAGCAAUAGAAUACUACCUUUAAACAUGAAGAUUAGAUAUGUGUAGGACCUGUUCAGCACCUGUUGACAGAAGGCAUGAGACGAAAGAUAUCGACCACCAUUACUACGCUAUAUACCUAAGUAUAUGCA